UAAAGGUGCACAGUGCCAUACACACAAAUACAAAACGCCAUCAUGACUCAGCGCAAUACACAUUAACUAAACAACGUAAGAUGUAACAUUAAUCUCUAAUAUACAUAACUGAUAACAAAUGUCACCCGGGGAAUUCCUGGAAUGUCAGUUUACAGUUUUUCACUACAAAUUACGACUUUUUCUUUUUUACCUCCAAAAAAUGGUAUGUUUAACAGUUUUUUUUUUUUUUUAAUUAUAUAAUUAAUUUCAUUUUAAGGUUGGAUCUAUCCAUUUUCCCCAUAUAGUCAGGGAACUUACUGUUAAUUAACAGGUUAAUAUAAUAGCUUUUCACAGUUCAACAUUACAAUAUUUUUUAGCGGACAUGUUGACACAAGGGCAUGUUACAGCUUGUUUGCACCACAUAGUUUCAGUUUUAAGUGCUGCAGCCAAACCCACUCAUGUUAAAUCCACUGCCCCCUAUAAAUUGCCUGUAUAUUGCGUGGCUGAUGGUAUUUGUGUACUUCUAUAAAUCCCUGUGUAUGUACUUUGGAUUGGGAUAAAAUUACAUUACAUACAUUUUUUAAAGGAAAACAUUGAGCUGAACUGAAGAACUGAACUGUUCAGGUUUGGACCACUUUUGGACUGGUUAUUUAUCUGAUAAUUUUUUCUCUAAUUUGCGAUACAAUAAUAUUUGGUCAAAGUAAAAUAGACACCUGAAGAUGCUGGGCUCUACAUCUGAUGAAGAAACACAAGAGAUUAACUUAAUCAGUGCUGAACGUUCUGACAGAGGUGCCAGAAGACAAAGCAUUGAACAUCCUUCUUCCGCUCUGAACAGAGAUAGACUGGAAACCAGUUCAACUAGAGAUGUCAAAAAUCAGCUUAAUAAAAAUAUCCAGUUGUUCAUCACACUGUUUGAUAACAGUGUGACUGAUCUUCAAGAACAAAUCAAUAAAUUGCUAAAGAUCACAGAUGAUGUGGAGAAACUUCAUCGAAGCACAACCAUUGGUAGUCUAUCAGGAGGUGUGAUCGGUGCGGCGGGAGGAAUCACAUCAAUCGUUGGCUUGAUUUUGAUGCCGUUUACAUUCGGAACUUCUCUGAUAGUUGCUGGAAUCGGGGCUGGAGUUGGUUUUCUUGGUGGUGUGACGGGAGCUUCUUCAAACAUUGUAAGUAUGAUUCACCAAAAAAUAAACCGUGAAAAAAUUGAUGACAUUAUUAAAACACUUAAAGACAAGACAAACUGUCUAAUUAAAGCACUUGAGAACGUACAGGACAGCAUUGAGGAAAUCAAGGCUUUAGACGAUCAGCUCUCAACAGCUGAUUUCUCACAAACUGGAACCAUAGGAGCAAAAUCUCUGACUGGAGUAUCUGAACUCGUGCGCAUUGGGCUUAUCACAAACUUUGCCAGAGUUUCUGCACACAUUACUAAAACUGUGAAUGUUGCUGCUUCAGUUACAGGUGUGCUGGCUGGUCUCUCUCUCACCCUUGACAUUGUCUUCAUUGUGAAAGACACGAAAGAGUUGCGUGAAAUAAAUCAGCAGAGAGCAUUUAGAGGCCAAAUUCAACAACCAAAUCAGAUCAGAUCAGACACACUGAAAUUCAUCAAUACAAUGAGAAAAACAGUCCAGGUAUUCCAGGAUACACUGGAUAAGCUGAAACAAGCAAAAGAUGUCAUUGAGAAUGAACUAUUUAGAGAAGUGUUUUAGAAGUUUUUACUCAAAGGCUGGAUUUAUGUUUAAAUAUUUUGUGUUUGAUUGACCAUACUUGUAUAGAAACGUUACAGACUUAUGUAAUUCAUAGAAUAAUUAACUGUUAUAGACUAUCACAUGUAACAACAUACUUUGGGUUUUUGUAAAGAUACAGUAUCUUUUAUCAGUGUAUUUAUGUCAAUAUUAAACUUUCACUGUGUAGACGUUAACACUAGUGGACUGUACAAAUAAGUGAGAAAAAUAUAAGACGGUAAAGUGAUUAUAAAUAAGAAGGGAUCAAACUCAUUGUGUAUGAAUGGAUACAAGUGUAUCUCUGUUCUACCUUUUGAAAUAAUAUUUAUAUUUGAUUUUCUUGAUUUGAUGCAUUUAAAUCAGAAAAUAAGCUCUUUCAACUGUUAUGACUGUUUUUUAUCAAUCUGAUCAUUUUUCUAAUAAAAAGUUUUUUUUUUUUUUUAUUGCCAUUGGAUUCAAUAUGGGAGGAAAAAGCAAAUUAGGAACAGACUGCCCAGCAAACAUGCCCCUACAGAGCCCAUGCUGUUUUUUGCGGGCACAGUGGGCUAGGGCCAGCCCACACCAAACCUAAACAGGCCCACAGCUUUGGGCUCACUGCGGGCUCUCUGUGAGCAGCCCACACUA